UGUGAACUCACAAAUAACGCGAGAAUUCAAUUUGCAGGCAAGAUUAAUACAUAACAGUACACGUAAACGCAAAUCAUGUCGCUUCUGCUGACGGCAAGUCAGCGACUUUUCUGUCAGCAUCGCGGUAUUAAAACAGUCAACAUAGCCAGAAAUGCAUCUUUGGACAGUGCACUUUCCACAUUCAGGUCAAUAUGCGGAGAGGAUGGAGUGUCAAUGGCAACUGCUGUCAGAGAGCAGCACGGCAAAGAUGAAUCUGUACACAGAUGCCGUCCACCGGAUGUGGUUGUUUUUCCACGUUGUGUGGAGGAGGUUAGCGCUCUGGCGAAGGUCUGCCAUGACAAUCGCCUUCCCAUGAUACCGUUUGGAACGGGAACUGGCCUGGAGGGUGGAGUAGGAGCAAUGAAGGGCGGUGUGUGCUUCAGCCUGAGGAAAAUGAACCAGAUUUUGGAUUGCCACCCGGAGGAUUUUGAUGUGACAGUUGAGCCUGGUGUGACCCGAAAAGCCCUCAAUGCCUACCUGCGAGACACCGGACUGUGGUUUCCUGUUGAUCCUGGAGCUGAUGCUUCGCUGUGUGGGAUGGCAGCCUCGAGCGCAUCUGGUACCAAUGCAGUGCGAUAUGGAACCAUGAGGGAAAACGUGAUCAAUCUAGAGGUGGUCCUUGCUGAUGGGACUAUUAUCCACACGGCUGGCGAGGGCCGACGUCCCAGGAAGACUUCUGCGGGCUAUAACUUGACAAACCUGUUUGUUGGAUCAGAGGGCACUCUGGGAAUUAUCACUAAGGCAACUCUGCGCCUCUACGGCAUUCCCGAAGCCACGGUGUCUGCGGUCUGUUCAUUUCCUUCAGUGCAAGCUGCUGUGAAUAGCACCGUGCAGAUUCUCCAAGCUGGCGUAGCCAUCGCUCGCAUUGAGUUUCUUGAUGAUGUCAUGAUCAAUGCAUGCAACAUGUUCAGCUCACUGUCGUAUCCCGUGACUCCAACUCUAUUCCUGGAGUUCCAUGGUUCUGAACAGAGCCUUGCAGAACAAGUCAACACAACGGAGGAAGUCACCCAGGCUAACGGCGGCUCCGAUUUUCAAUGGGCUCGAGAUGUAGAAACACGCAACCGAUUGUGGAAAGCUCGCCAUGACGCCUGGUAUGCUGCUCAGGCUCUAAGGCCUGGUUGCAAGGCCUAUUCUACAGAUGUCUGUGUUCCCAUUUCCCAACUGCCUCAAAUCAUUGUGGAGACCAAAACCGACCUGAUUGAGAACAAACUUACCGGUCCCAUCGCGGGUCAUGUGGGUGACGGGAACUUUCACUGUCUGAUGGUCGUUGACCCGAACGACCCAGAAGAACUUCAUAGGCUCCAUUUGUUCAGCGAGAGGCUGGCAAGACGGGCCCUGGCUAUGAAUGGUACAUGCACAGGGGAACACGGAGUGGGCUUGGGCAAGCGAGCACUGCUCUAUGAAGAGAUGGGAUCCAUGACGAUGCAGGUCAUGCAAGGCAUCAAGGAUGCCCUUGACCCAAACAACUUGAUGAAUCCAGGGAAGGUUUUGUUGCCAAGAGAGCCUCAAAGUGAAAAGUGAACCAAGUAAUUCAAUUGUUUAAAACACUUUCCGUAUAUGGGCACUCCUGUCCAAAUUUAUUGGAACAGUGAGGCAAAUCCCUUGAUUUUUGCUGCUGAUUGAAAAUAUUUGGGUUUGACAUCGAACAAUGAAUAGAUUCAAGGAUCAGUAUUUCAGCUUUUCUUUCCGGGUAUUUACAUCUGGAUCAAAUACACAACUUGAAUAGAAGCUUUUGUUUGAACCCACCCAUUUUUAAUGUGAUGAAGUAAUGGUACAUGUGAUUGACGGAUAUGUCCUUUGCAUUGAUUGUUCAAACACUAAAUGGUGCUAAAUGUCAAAGCUCCGCAAACACAGGCCAUCAGCAAUACAAUCACGUGGAACGCCCUGAAGAAAUCCAUUUUUAAAAAACCCAAUGAAGUGUGAGGAAAAUGAUGGCUGUUGACGACAACAAUCUCUUGAUUGCUGUGUUGGAAGGGGCGCUGUUUCAUGGUACGAGUGAUGGUGCAAUUGAUAAAGUUAAAUAUGAAAUUGACCUAAAAACUAGACUCCAAUUCAGCCUAAGGAUGUAUUAUCCAAUUUGGGCACAAUAUGACAUCAAAACAAUUGUUUACUCAGCUCUCGCCAGCUCGCAACAGGUCCAUUUACAGCGUAAAGUAUAUCAAUCAAAUAUGGUUAAAUCGAACAUACCAAAACCAAUGCCUUUAAAAUAUGCCUUUAAAAAAAUGGUUAACAAAUCCAUAAGAUGUGCUUUAUAACUGGAUCAUACAGUUUUACAGAAUUACUGUAAACUGUUGUUUUAUGAUUAUUAUUUGUCUUUCUUCUUUUCGAAUGUUGUAAUGAAAUGACUACAUGGUAUUAUUCAUUUAAUAUAGAAUAGUUGUGUGCUGUGAUAAUAAAUACUUUGAAACUGCUUGGUGUAAACAUUAUUGCCGGAGAGCGUUAUUUACUCCCAAAUGAGGUCUCCUGAUGAAGAACCUGACCAGAACGAAAACUGCUGAUAGCAUGGGAGAUAAUUUAUCAAUAUUAAUUGUAAAAACAUGAUAUCCUUUUUAAGCUGCAUAGAUGUGAUUUUGAUACGCGAUUUUAAUUCAAGUAUGUGCAUGAUGUCUAUAAUUGAUUUGAGGGAAGAUUGCGAGUUAAAGCGCCAGAGAUAAACCGGAAAUUACUGAAUUAAAAUAGAACGGCUGUGGGGGUUUGAUAGGACGCCUCAGUGUACAGCAAUAGAAAAUUCGGAUCAGCUAGAAAAUGAAACUAGCCGCCGUGCCCUUUGAAGUGAAAACCAAAAGUAGCCUCUUCGGAGCUAUACAAACCUCGAUCCGGGGGCAAUCGAGCGGACUCGUCAAGGCGGAGCCCUGUUCCCCCCGGACCAACAAUUACACCAGUACCAGAUGAAAAUAGGAUCACAAAGAUGAUGGCACGCAAAAACUAUCCAUCACUAUUAUUUGGAUAAUUGAGUUCAUAUCAGGGUUCCCGCCCAUCUGGGAAAAUGAGAGACCAAUUUCCCGUUAUGGAAACCCAUGGGAAAUGAGAGGGGGAAAAAAAAGGAAAAUGUCCUGGAAAACCUUGAGUUCUCCUGUGAAGUUGUUUUUCCUCCCUCUGCUUCUCCUUGCCUUGCGAGUGAACGCAAUUGAUUAAACAAACAUGUCUGUUUUCACUGUGUGCAGGCUUGCCUCCCCAAACCCCCCCAACCACCCAACACUGCCCACCAACCAAAUUGCCUAUUCUCUUAGAACACUUCUGUUGCUCUAUGAUUUCUAUUGACUAUGUUGCUAGAUUUACUGACUUUUCAGACACGAUUAGGGAUUUAUUUUCUCCAAAGAAGCAUGAAAACUAGAGAAUUUCAGUUCAAGAGUAUUACUGUAGGGUAGGCAUGUCCAAAGUCCGGCCCGCGGGCCAAAUCCGGCCCGCGGUCGAAUUUCAUCCGGCCCUCGGCCCCCGUCAUAAGAUCAGUGCCGUCUGGCCCGCAGGUUGGGCGCAAUGGAACAACGUGUUGCAUUGACUGAGGUCUCGUAGACUGGUGAGUGAUGUUUCAUAGCGUACUGCUUCCCUCUAGUGGCUAAAUGAGUAAUAGCAUUCACUAAAUGAGUAAUAGCAUUUAGACACUAGAGGGCCUCACUCACGAGUUAACAAGACAUCACUCCGUGUUUAUAUUGACUGAUAUGUCAUAUUUCAAAUUCCUGUUUCAAAUGAACCAAAAGAAAUUCUUAAGAUUGUUGAAAUUCAAAUAAAAAUGGAAAUGUGAAACAGACUGGCUUACUAAAAUUUGUUGAACAAUAUUGUUGUUCAAUGUAAAGAAUGUCAGCCAAGGUCGGCCCCCCGACAUUUUACCACAUAAAAUCUGGCCCCCUUGGCAAAAAGUUUGGACA